AUCCUGAGUCUUCUCCUCACCGGCCCUUCUUCUGUUGACAAAGUCCUGGACGCGUUUACCUCCAUGAGGAUCAAACACGCAGAGAGCACACGGUUCAAGAUGCUCAUAGGAAUGAUGUACAUCAAGGGAGCUCCUAACGUCAUCUUCCAGGUGAGCUGCCUUCGCCUUUUAAACUCUCUUCUCAACCUGUGCCGGUCUGCCAAUAUGAGGGUCUUCCUGCAGUAUGAGAUGGAAGAAGCUGGACUGGACUGCAAUAGGCUGCAGGAGAGUUGUCAAGGUGACGGUUUGGAGUUUGACGAUCUCAGAAAAGAAAUCAGAGAGUGGAAGUCACGAUAUAUUGACGUCAGCUGCUUAUUGAGAAAAAUUCGGUCUGACAUGAGAGCUGAAGGAAAUAAUGUGGCCGUUACAGAAUUCAACUAUGAUCAACAGUUUGGCUCUAUGUACAGUAAGUAUCGUAGUACGUGA